AUUAUCAACAAUUAAAGUAAUCGCGUUUCUUUUUCACAAUUAAAAAUGUGAACAAUUUUAAUCAUCAUUAAAAAGUGAUCUCUUAUUACCAAUCUUUUCAUUGAUCUAUAUUCUAAAGGUUAAAGUGGGUUAAUCUUUUUCUGUUUAAUUGUGUUUACUGUUAACCGUUUAUAUUAUUGCUCUUUGUUGAAUCUAAUAUUCAUUGGAUAACAUUAACUCAUCUAAUUUACCAGUUACACUCAAUUCUUUUUUGAUUUACUAUUAAGAGAGCUGAUAAUCAUUUAAACCAUUGGUCAAAUCAAGUUUUUUGUUGAAUACUGUCGAUAUUUGUGAUAUACCAGAUAAACAAGCAACCAACUGAUCGUCUAUUGUCAAUCCUAUCACCUAUUAAUAUAUAUUAUUCCCUUCAAAUGGCGGAGAGUCUAGUUGAUAAUCUGCCUACUCGUUACUUUUGCCAUAAGUGUAACCAAGAGAUCAAUCCUUUACCAGAAUUCAAAUGCCCAGGAUGCAGAGAAGGAUUUAUCGAAGAAUUAACCAAUGAUGCAAAUUUAGACACGAGCAGUGAUGAUUCAGAGCACUAUGAUAAUAAUGAUAGAUACGAUGAUGUUCGAACUGGUGAAAUCUUACGGGUUCUUCAAUUAUUCACUGAAGGCCAGCCCAGUCCAAGAGGAAGUCGUGGACGUGGAAUGUUUGAAAUGGCCAUACCUUAUCUUCAAAUUCUUCAUGGAAAUCCCGGUGAUUAUGCUUGGGGUACAUCAGGUCUCGAUACUAUCAUUACACAGCUCUUGAAUACAAUAGAAAAUAAUGGCCCUCCACCAAUGCCUGAAGAUGAAAUCAAGAAACUGCCGACCAUUAAGAUUUGUCAAGAUGAUGUUGAUAAAAAUCUUCAGUGUACAGUCUGCAUGGACGAUUACAAAUUAGAUGAACCGGUUAGAAUGUUACCAUGUAAUCAUGUCUAUCACAAUGAUUGUAUUGUUCCAUGGUUAGAAAUGCAUGGGACAUGUCCUAUUUGCCGUAAACUUUUGAACGAGAAUCAACCAAGUCAGCGGAAUUGCGAGAGUCGAAGCUCAUUAUCAAACAGUAACCAACAAACAUCACAACAACAACAACCCGUUAAUCAAAGAUCAUCAUCAAGUAGUAAUAGCAACUCGACUAAUCAUACCGCAGGUUAUCGUGAUUUAUUGGAUUACGAUUGAUUGUAAACUGUAAAAAAAGUGAAAAACAUAGAAGAUUGUUUUUACUACCCGGUAUAAGAAAAAUAAUUAACUUUAUUUAAAUCUUACUCCAUUCACAGCAACAAAACAUUACAAUCUAUCAACAAUUAUUUAUCUAAUUAACAUGAGCUCAAUCUGAUUUAGAUGCAUCCAAGUUAAUUACAAUUCAACAGUUGUUGAGAAAGCAACAAACUAA